CCCUCGCCGCUAGUAUGGUCGUCAGCUGUUUAAUUUUCAGCCAGUGGUGGGUGAGUUCGCGUCUGUUAUUUGUCUCCCCCCGUUGGUGCAAGUGCCUCGCCGAGCUCUGGGGCAUUCACUUGAUCCUCAGCUCUCCAACUCUUCACUCUCCCCCAACAGAUUAACGUUCAAGUGUUCAGUGUAUGUUUCCUUUGUUUAUCUCACCGUUGCUCCUUUAUUUAACCCCCAUUUUCGUUAUUUUAUUUAGCGAGUUGCAUUGCUAUACCAACAAGGUAAAGUGCAAGCGUUGAGUCGAUUUCCGGGAUUGCGCAAAGGCAAACGAGUAUCGCAUACACGGGAAAAAAAUAAAAUCGUGAACGGGAGGAAGAAAGAAAAAUAACGGAGGGAGAGAGGAAAAUAAGAGCGUCUGCUCUGUCUCGUUAUUUAUUUGUGCUCAUCACUGGCGAGAGGAAUUAUUCAGUUUGAGUGUUUGUGAUAAAUUAAAGGGUUUUAUAACCUGUGAAUUAUGGCAAUGCCAACGAGCAGCGCUGUGAGGGCACUUGCCCUGGAGUAUAAGAGCCUUCAAGAAGAACCUGUCGAGGGCUUUCGCGUUAAACUUGUCAAUGAGGACAACAUGUUUGAGUGGGAAGUCGCAAUUUUUGGACCGCCAGAUACACUUUAUCAAGGUGGAUAUUUCAAGGCACACAUGAAAUUCCCACCAGAUUAUCCAUACAGUCCACCCAGUAUUCGCUUCAUGACAAAAGUCUGGCAUCCGAACGUGUACGAGAAUGGCGACUUGUGCAUCUCCAUUUUGCAUCCACCGGUCGACGACCCACAGAGCGGUGAAUUGCCAUGUGAGAGGUGGAAUCCAACGCAGAACGUCAGGACAAUCCUGUUAUCAGUAAUAUCACUCUUGAACGAGCCCAACACCUACAGUCCAGCUAAUGUUGAUGCAUCAGUCAUGUACAGACGUUGGCGCGAUUCCAAGGGCAGAGACAAAGAAUAUGAAAAUAUAAUCAGAAAACAAGCUCAAGCAGCGAAGGUGGAAGCCGAGAGAGAGGGCAUAGUGGUACCACUUACGCUUGAAGAUUACUGCAUAAAGACCCGUGCAAGGCCGGCAGAACAGCCACUUGAUAUGACUGAUUUCUACGAUGAUGAGUAUGAGCUCGAUGAUGAUGACGGCGACGGACUCAGUGUCAGCGAUUACGAGGAUGGCGAUGACAGUGGUAAUGGCGAGUCGUGAUCAAUUUCGUAGUUAAGUACGAAGAAAAAAUGAGACGAAUAAAACAGAAAAAGUAAAAAAAAACCUCGAAAUAUACAACAAAGUAAAGUAACAAUGGAAGAAAAUAGUAUAUUACGAUACAAGGGAAAAAAGGAGUUGCUGACGAGGGUGAAGGUUUACACUCGUCGGAAAGUACAUUUUUUCGUAUGUAUCGUACGAUAUUUUAUGAUACUCGUGACGAAAAGGCGGUUCUUUGAGCACGAAGCGUGCAAAAAGUGCCCUUUUUUCACUUACAUCAUAAAGAAUUUUAACGUAUGAUACUGGUGAUGCCAUUUAUCCAGUCCUGUACAGAUUGAUAAAUUAAUGAUCUUCUGAAGGAGAAAAAUAAAUUUGGAUAAAUAAUGAAAUGGAAAUUGAUCUGGAUAAUUAAAUAAAUAUAAAAGAAUGAAUAAAAAAUGUGACAAAAUGUAAAAUAUAACUGUUUCAUCAUCUCUUGUUCUCAAUCGUAUUUAAUACAAGCAAAGAGUGAUGAAAGAAAUUGGCAGAUUAUUCCGGAAAUAUCUUACAAGAGUUUCAAAAAAUCAUUUGAGGAACAUGAUUUGUAGAAAAUGUAAUAGCGGGCAGAAUAGGCCGUUGAAUUUUCCCUCUGAACUCAUUGGUUUUCGAACUAUUGGCUAAUUUCUGUGAAAUUUUUCGAAUGACCAUUGAUCAAUAUUUAUCCAUAUUCCAUUUCUCCAACCCCCAUGUUAGAAGCUCCUUAGCUUAAGCAGCGAUACGGUUUAUAGAUAACGAAACUAAUAUCUCAAAACAGUGCUUUGUUCCUUUCAAAAUAAAAUCCAUGGUGAAAUAAUGUUGAAUAUUUCAUCUAGAAUUUUAAAAUAACUUGUUUUUUGUCGAGCGCUUGAAAAGCGACAUCGAUGUCACUGACAAUUCUUAAAAUAAUAUAACAAGUUUGUUUAGUCCAUGAAUUGAAUAGAAGACAAUUGAAUUUUUGUCUAUUUAGAAGUAAUUUUUGUAUUACUGCCCUCAAUCGAAGGAUGAAGGCGACGUUUGUGUUAAUAUAGUUUAUCACUUGACCUUUUUAUUAUUAUUGUUUUUCCUCGAUAUCGGAUUAAAAUUAAUCAAGAUUCGUAGUACAUUUUCUUGUUAAUGAGCGUGGGUUUUUUAUUGUCUGUAUUCAGCGCGCAUGAUUUUAUUCAAAACAAUAAGUUUAUUUUGUUUUUUGCUUCAAUGUUCAUACCAUGCAUUUUUAUGCGAUGACUAUCAUUUUUUUUCGGAGUCGAAUGGAUUUUGAGUAAAACAAUUGCAUUAGAACUUUUUUUAAGUGGAUAAACUCGAAACGAUUGAUCAUUUUAUUCUGCUUUGACAAAUGGAAAAAAAUUAGAAGCAGCGAAUUUAGUGGCUCUGCAUCAAAUGCGAGACCUUAUAAAUAAAAGAAUUUUAAAUAUUGAAAUUAUUAUUACAAUAAAAUGAAUCACAAUAUUGAGACAUGUAUCACCCUUUCAAUUGACUAAUUUUUUCUUCUCUAUUUUUAUUUCAUAUAACUCAAGUACGAGAAAAAUCAAGAGGAAGAAAUAAAACUCCAAAAGGAUCUUAAAAAAACAAUUAAGAAAUAUUUAAAUGUAAUAAUAAUAAUAAUGUGUGGACAUGUACUCAGUGCUUGAAGUAGUUUUUAGAUGAAUUUUCCUCGUUCCAAAAAAAGAAAAGUGAAAUCAGGCGUAGAAUCUCAUUCCGUUAAAUCAAUUAAUUAGAAAACAUUGAAAAAAAAUUUUUUUUUUAUCAAUUCAGAGAAUAGAAAAAUCAACAAAUUGCCGUAAAAAUCAAAUGAUUUGUAUAUUUCGUGAGAAUGCAAAUUUAUCCCCUCUUUUUGUACAUAUCAAAUAAAGAUCUCUUCAUAAAAUUGACUGUGAAA